GAGGCUUGACGUCACUGAGGCGCCCUGGCUCUCCUGAGCCGCUGGUACUGCUGGCGAAAAGAUGGGAAAAUCAGAUAGACAUCUAUCGAGUAUUUAACGUAAAAUGACGGGUUUUGCAGACGAUUUCCGAUCGACAGAGGAUUCAGUAGUGGCACCGGUCUGAGCUCCACCAGACAACGAGAAAGAUUGGUGUCAUUAUUUGUAACACUGGAUAGCCCCUGUUGGAAGAGGAAAUCUGUCAGCAUUGUCUGCCCCUGAAAGUGGAGAGCAUCAGACCUCUAUUCUAUCAUGAACAUUGCGCCCGUCGACUCCAGUUGAAGCAGGAUCACCACCUCAUAUUCACACAGCUGGUGACAGCCCCAAUCACAAAAUCGGCAAGAAUUUAUACAGAUACUUGGGGUCAUAAGUUUUGCUGUCAGCUCCAUUCUUCUAUUUAGCAGAAGAUGUACGGUAGUGCCCGCUCUGUUGGCAGAGGGGAUGCCAACCAUAGUGGUGGAAGAGAUGGAGGUGGCACCGGUAAUCAAGGAUCUGGCCGCUCCCCUCGCCUUCCCCGUUCUCCUCGGAUGGGACACCGUCGCACCAACAGCACUGGAGGCAGUGGAGGGGGUCCUGGUGGAGCAGGAGGCAAGACGCUUUCCAUGGAGAACAUCCAGUCCCUCAACGCUGCGUACGCCACCUCAGGACCCAUGUACCUGAGUGACAAUGAGGUGGCCAUGGCAGGCGACCAUCUUCCCAAAACUGGCGGGACAGUGACGACCAUGGGGAGACAGAGGGUGACAUAUGGGUCAAGGGGUAGCAGCAGUGGAGUCGUGGCCGCUAGCACCCCCAACAUCUCCACCACAGUGCCAGCCAAUGCUGUGCUGCCAGCAGGCAUGAUGGCAGGUGAUGCUCUGGCUUUUGGGGACCACCACAUGGCCUCCACUGUGCCCCACUCUCUAAGGCAGGCCAGAGACAACACAAUAUUGGACCUGCAGGCCCAACUGAAAGAGGUUCUACGUGAGAAUGAGAUGCUGCGUCGAGAAGUGGAAGUUAAGGAGAGCAAGCUCAGCUCCUCCAUGAAUUCUAUCAAGACUUUCUGGAGCCCAGAAUUGAAAAAGGAGCGAGCUCUCAGGAAAGAUGAGGUUUCUAAGAUCACUGUCUGGAAGGAACAGUACCGUGUGAUUCAAGAUGAAGCACAGCAUCUUCAGAUGACUGUUCAAGCUCUUCAAGAUGAGCUGAGGAUCCAGAGGGACUUAAACCAGCUGCUCCAGCAAGACCCCGCCAUCCAGGGCCGGGACCUGGCCCUAACAUCUGAACCCACGGAGGAGAACUACCGACGGUUACAGGCCGAGCACGAGAGGCAGGCCAAAGAGCUUUUCCUCCUCAGGAAGACCCUGGAGGAGAUGGAGCUGAGGAUCGACACACAGAAGCAAACCCUGGGAGCCAGAGACGAGUCCAUCAAGAAACUUCUGGAGAUGCUACAGAGCAAAGGGCCAUCUGCCAAAGCAUCAGAGGAGGACCAGGAGCGGACCAGGAGACUGGCUGAUGCAGAGAUGCACAGACAUCACCUUGAGAGUUUACUGGACCAGAGGGACAGAGAGAUCAAUGCACUAAGAGAGGAGCUGCAUCGUCGUUACGAGGGAACCCCUGAAUCCACCAAAACUAAGGCUUUACAGACUGUUAUCGACAUGAAGGAUGCAAAAAUCAAUUCAAUGGAGCGGGGCAUGAGAGACAUGGAGGAGGAGCUGCUAAUGCUGAAAUCCAAUGGACUCCUGAGCUGUGAGGAGCGUCAGGAGGAGAUGAAGCAGAUGGAGGUCUACCGCAGCCACACGAAAUUCAUGAAAAACAAGAUGGAGCAGGUGAAGCAGGACCUCUCGAGGAAGGACACUGAGCUGCUUGGUUUGCAGACCAAGCUGGAGACGCUCACCAAUCAGUUCUCAGACAGCAAGCAGCACAUCGAAGUUCUCAAGGAGUCCCUCACUGCCAAGGAGCAGCGAGCUGCCAUUUUACAGACAGAGGUGGAUGCCUUGCGCCUGCGCUUGGAAGAGAAGGAGACAACUCUGAAUAAGAAGAGCAAGCAGAUACAAGAAAUGUCAGAAGAGAAGGGCACGCUCAACGGGGAGAUCCACGACCUCAAGGACAUGCUGGAGGUUAAGGAGCGCAAAGUCAAUGUGCUCCAGAAAAAGAUUGAGAACCUGCAGGAGCAGCUGAGGGACAAAGAGAAGCAGAUGAGCAGUCUGAAGGAGAGAGUAAAGUCUCUGCAGGCGGACACUUCCAACACUGACACAGCUCUCACCACACUGGAGGAGUCUCUUGCAGAAAAAGAGCGCAUCAUCGAGCGUCUAAAAGAGCAGCGAGACAGAGACGAUCGGGAGAGGACGGAGGAGCUUGACUGUAACAGGAAGGAACUGAAGGAGUUGAAGGAGAAACUGAGCUUACUGCAGGGAGACCUGUCAGACAGAGAGACAUCUCUGCUGGACCUGAAGGAGCAUGCAUCAUCCCUGGCCUCCUCUGGGCUGAAGAAGGACUCCAAACUCAAGAGUAUGGAGAUCGCCUUGGAGCAGAAGAGGGAGGAGUUACUCAAAGUGGAGAAUCAGCUUAAGAGAGCUCAAAACGCAGCCCUGGAGGCUCAGGCUAACACUGAGCUGGCCGAACGCAUUAAGAACCUCGAACAGGAAGUGGCCCGCCACAAAGAGGAUUCUGGGAAGGCCCAGGCUGAAGUGGACCGCUUGCUGGAAAUCCUUCGGGAAAUGGAGAAUGAGAAGAAUGACAAGGACAAAAAGAUCAAUGAGCUGGAGAGGCAGAUGAAGGACCAGUCGAAGAAGGUGGCGUCUCUGAAGCACAAGGAGCAGGUGGAGAAGAGCAGGAACGCUCGACUCAUGGAGGAGGCCAGGAAAAGGGAGGACAACAUGUCCGAGAGCUCCCAGCAGGUGAAGGACACUCUGCGUCAGAAGUCAGAGCGUAUAGAGGAGCUGGAGGAAGCCCUGAGAGAGAGUGUUCAGAUCACUGCUGAGCGAGAGAUGGUGCUGGCACAGGAGGAGGCUGCCCGCUCGCUCCAGGAGAAACAGGUACACGACUUGUGUGUGUGUGUGUGUGUGUGUGUNCAGGAGCUGGAGUCCAUGAGGGCCAAGCUGGCCUCCACCCAGCAAUCUCUGUGUGAGAAAGAGGCGCACCUCUCAACCCUGCGAGCUGAGCGUAGGAAACACCUGGAGGAGGUGCUGGAGAUGAAGCAGGAGGCGCUGCUGGCUGCUAUCAGCGAAAAGGACGCUAACAUUGCCCUGCUGGAGCUGUCCUCCUCUAAGAAGAAGAAGACCCAGGACGAGGUGGCUCUGCUGAAGCGGGAGAAGGACAGACUGGUGCAGCAGCUCAAACAGCAGACUCAGAACAGAAUGAAACUGAUGGCAGACAACUACGAGGAUGACCAUCUGAAGACUGCUCCUGACCAGACAAAUCACAAACCCUCUCCAGAUCAGAUGAUACCCCCUCUUCUAGCCCUGUCCCAGAACCGCAGUAAGCUCAAGCUCUACAUCGCCCACCUGACAGACCUCUGCCACGACCGGGACCCCAGCAUCCUCAGCCAGCUCACGCCGCCCUCUCACUACCACCACAGCGACCCCGAAGACUGGGAGGAGGAGCUCCAGAAGAUGAGUGUCGAACAGUUGGAACGAGAGCUGGAGGUGUGUGAGAAGGAGAGCGGAGAGCUGCAGGAGUACGCCAACUCUGUUCUCCAGCAGAUCGCAGAUUACUGCCCCGAUAUCCUGGAGCAGGUUGUCAAUGCCCUGGAGGAAUCAUGCUGACAACUCUGACCUCGGACCCAACCCGGCUGACACCUGGUCGUCACAUAAUCUGUAGCUGAGCACAGGUGCCCCUACCUCCACUCAACGAGGCACCUGGAAGUACAAGCGAAAGCUGGGGCAUUAUUUCCCCCCGCUGAGCUUCUCUUCCUCGCUCCCCUCGUCCACCCUGGAACAAACUACCACGACUCCUAAGUGCUUUCCUGUCUCAUGUGUCUCUAAUGUCAGGCCUGUAAAAUCGAAUUAGGGAUGUUCACAAAGUCGAAAUGUUGUCAAAUAUGGCAGUUUGAGCAAAUAUCAGAUUCCACACUGCAAAGCGGGUCCUCUUGUUUAAUGACAGCUGUGGACGAUGGUGCAGUCGCAGUGGGAAGAGAACUAAAGUACACACCUAAUUCUAUAUCAGGUAGGCAACAACUUCCUGGAGGUUCAUAAAAAGUCGAAAGCUUACCCUUAAUUGUCCAGUGUGUAGGAUUUAUGGGGAUAUAUUGGCAGAAAUGGAAUAUAAUAUAAUAAGUAUGCUUUCUUCAGUUUAUAAUGACCUGAAAAUAAGAAUCAUUGUAUUUUUGUUCCCUUAAAGUGAGCUGUAUAUAUCACAAUAGGGAGCUGGUCCUCUUUCAUGGAGAUUGCCAAGUUGCACUACUUUGUUUCUACAGUAGCCCAAAAUGAACAAACCAAAAACUGGCUCUAGAUGGGGCCAUUCACAUUUUCACGUCAGCCACCAUAGUUAGCAGCCCCUCAGCAAAGAAAGCAUCGGCAAAACAAUUUUUUAAAAAUGUGAAACCGCUUUAUUCAGUGUUUCUACCAGCUUAAUCACCUGAUCUGCUUAUUUUGGAGAGGAAGAGACCUCUGCGGUUAAAUCUUCUUCUAGUUAAAACCCCAUGAACAAUGAAGGAAUUAAACCCAGGAGAAGUUUCAGCUGGUUGCAGUCUGCAAUCCUCACCACUAGAUUUCACUAAAUCCCCCUAAAUCUUGCACACUCUUCCUGUAAGCAUUUGUGAACUCACCAAAAUUCGAUUUUUUGCUUGUAGUAUACUUAAAAAAAUAUUGCUCACCUGUAAGUCUGGGACAAGUGCGUUGGGACAGAGAGGAUAUGAGAUGAAAGAAGCAAACUUCCGCACAAAGUCUUGGAGCAUACUGCCAACCUCCCUCUCCCUAGACGUCGUCAUUCACAGCAGGAACUGCUAGAUCAAGCACAGUUACCUCACCCACUUCUAUCUCAGUCUUUUACCCCUUAGACUCCUCCUGCAUAUCUUUCAAGUCAAAAGGGGUAAACAUAUUCCUUACAUGGGGCAGGAAAGCACUUCAGCCUUAGAGAACUGGGGAGCUGCUACAUCUUGAGGGGAGCAGAGAGAAGCUCAGCUCAGUGGGUAACUCAUGGAGCCAUGUAGAUGCUUAUUUUGUAAUGUAGUUGGUGUUAUCUAACUAGCAGGUUGGAGUCACUAGUUAGAUACACAGCUACUGGUGGCUGAAUAUCUGAACACUUAGGAAAUGCCACUUUUUAACCAAAUAUAAAUGCAGCAUGUUCUCCAAAUGUUUCUCUCCCAGCUCCGAGCUGUGGAUCCGUAAUUGUAGCCAGGAUUAAAUUGUAGGUACGUUUUUUUUUUUUUGCUUGUUUGUUUUUUACUGUGUAGUCUGUGGCUGGGUCACUGGCACGAGAGGGGGAUCAAGGCCUGAGCUUUGACGACGAUCAAAGGUCAGCUUUUAGUUACACUAUGUUCUCAAAUACAAACGAGAGAGAGAGAGGAAACAAAAAAAGAAAAGCUUUUAUUCUCUGAGACAUAUUAAUUUUUAGAUGGUUUUGCACACAACGUCCACUUGUUUAUGAGGUAUGCAAUGUUUCUUUUGAGAACGUUCUAGUGGCCUUGGAGCAUGCACAGAGAUCAGUACUGGACCUAAUGCAGGGAUAUUUAUUCCUCUGUAAUAUUGGUGCUAAGGCAUGAUGUAAGAACUUCUGAUCUGAUCCACUGAUCAUUCAGUCUCAUCCAAAGUUUCUAUAGAUGUUACUUAAAGCCCACCUGAUCUUUUAGUUCGUCGACUGAAUCACAGAAGAAUACAAGCGACGCCCCAUUUUUUUUUUUCUUGUAUUUUUCAGAUCACUUACAAACGCAAGUGAUGCCUCCUUUAUCGUCUUUUUUGAAAUCUUCAGGGCUGAGGUUUUUAAUUACUAAGUGCAUCUACAUUUACAGGAAAUGAAAGUCACUUUUCAGCAGAUUUUGACUUUUUAGAUCAGUUUGUAAAUAACGUGAUAUUUAACACGUACAGUGACUGAUUAAAGGUAAUUAAGUGGAAGGUGUCGUGAAUUCUUUAAAAAAAAAAAAAAAAAAAACCUGAGAAGUUAAAAGCAGUGCAGUUGUCUUUUGUGUCUAAUUUUGUCCUUGGGGCAAAAUGUGUGUGUGUGACAGUACUGCCAUAACUUGCGGAAAGUCAUGUUCUAUAGAGAUAUAUAUAUAAAUAUAAUACAUAUAUAUAAAAAUGUUUACUGUAUGGAUAUGCAUUGAAUGUUUGCACAGAAUCUCGAAGAGCGAGCUGCUCUGAACAAAAUGACCGUGGAGUUAAGUGUCCUCAGCAGACACUGAGGAAAGAAGUGUCAAAAAAAAUCUUUUGUGUCAAAAUAACGUGUGAACUACAAAUGUUUUCAAACCGUGACUGUGUGAUGGGAGAGUACUUUUCUUGCAUUUAUUUCUAAUCGUCAUUUUUUAUAUAUUUUCACCGCACGGUGAUGUAAAUGUAUUAUCCUGAGAUUCCAGUGUUGUUGUCUUUUCUUCUUACCUGUUACACGUCAACGUUUUUUUGUUGGUUGAUGUCAAAGGCAGACUGCGCCUGAUGGAUAAAAAUAAGUCUCCAACCGUCACGGCCCUCCUGCUGUUAUACGAGGAACAUAACGUUACAAAACAAAACUGCAUCUGGAAGUUUUCUAACAAACUUCCUGUGUAUGGUCACAGACUCAUUUGAGUGGACUAACAGUGUGUCUCACUGAAAACAAAACACAUCCACUGGUUUCGCAGGAUGUUAGUUGGAUGCUUGUUUUUGUACCUCUUGUCUGUCAAACCUCUCGGAGCGGAAGUUAAUUCCUCUCCGUCCCUUUUUAACCCCUCACCUUUCACCACUGGGUUCAGAGAGAAGAAGAAAGCAUUUUUUAAGGUGUUUAAUACCCCUUACUUUGGCCUGUGUGUCCCUGCCCUUGCCUUAAUGUCUCGUCAUCUCUUUUUCUCGACUCCUUAUUGAGGAACACAGAGCUGAUUAAGGGGCUUCUGUCACAUUCAUGGUAUCUGUUCCUUUUCUUUUGCAUUUGUAUAAGAAAUGUACUGCCUUCUGUCUGUUCGUGUUAAGAAUCAAAACUGUGUAAAAAGAAAGCAAAACAGACAUGUUUGUGAGUUAUUUGGAUUUUGUAUGUAUGUAAAUAAAUAAAUUAUAAGCCUUG